AGGAUUGGCGGUCUGCCAUCUUUGAUCGUGCGACAGGCCGCGGCGCGAACGGGGCCCUCACUGAACUCGUACGGCUCUGUGUCGUGCAGAGCCAAAGAGAGAGAGAAAGGAAAAAAACGGCAAUAAGUGCGAGAUUGACCGACGGAGGACGAGCACCGACGGUGAGCUAACGGUCCAACCGCGCAAGGGGGAAACCUUCGGCACCGGAGUGAGUGGAACCACCGACCUGCGGGGCCCAGGCGAGCGAGCGGAGCCACUGCGACUCGCUAAAUCCGGCGGCGGCCACACAAACGUGGGGGAAGCGGGCCGAAGCAGGACGUCUUGACAAGUUGUCCGAGGAAAAAAACCCGAGCAGAGGACCGGCGGAGAAGGGAGGCUGGUUCUGAGGGCUGAGGCCAGAGGAACAGACUCAAUGAGUGUCCAGCGACAUGUCAGAGAAGUCAGGGCAGAAUACCAAGGCAAAGGAUGGCAAAACCAAGUACGCAACCCUUAGCCUCUUCAACACCUAUAAGGGCAAGUCACUGGAGACCCAGAAAACAGCAGUUGCUGCCAGACAUGGGCUCCAGAGCUUGGGCAAAGUUGCUGUCAGUCGGCGUAUGCCACCUCCAGCCAACUUGCCCAGCCUGAAGGCUGAGAACAAAGGCAACGACCCCAACGUCAACAUUGUACCCAAGGACGGCAGUGGUUGGGCCUCUCGACAGGAUCAGUCUGUGGACGAACGACAACAGGAAACUCCACCCCCUCAGCAGAAGCAGGGGACCGCACAACCUCCAGAGGCAUCUGCAGGGGCCAGCCGUUCUUGGGCAGCCAAUAAGCAAACUGGCCAGGUAGACGGGACAGCUCGUAUCAAUAGCCAAUUCCAGCAGGAGUUCCCCAGCCUCCAGGCUGCAGGGGAGUCCGACAAGCCUGGGGAGCAGGAGGAGGAGCCUUAUGGACCUGGUCCUAGUCUGAGACCUCAGAAUGUCGGCAGCUGGCGGGAGGGUGGGGGUCGCAAUCUGAACACAGCACCCAGCUCUUCUGAAAUUGACUGCAAGGCACUGGAGGAGGGGGCAGGCCGUGGCACCCCUUCCCCCACCACAGUGGGUGCGGAGCCACGCAAGGCUGCCAGCGCUGAGACCAGAGAUAGGCUGCCACCAAGCACCCAGCCUGGCCCUGUCUCGCAACCCAAAUUUAACGGGGGCCAGCCACCUUCAGGAGGUGUGCCCCCCCAAUUUCACUCUUCUUUGAAUAACAUGAGGCCACCUUAUAUGUUCCAUGCUUACCCCAAGAUGCCCUAUGCUGUUCCACCAUCUGGUGCUCUCAGACCGCCUACACAACUGCAGGAGGGACCAAAAGGCCAGCGGGCUGGAGGCCGGCCAGUGCCAACCUGGCCUCAGGACCCCGACCGACCCUCCAUCAUCAGUGCCACGGAGUUGAAGGAGCUGGACAACCUGGACACUGAUGCUGAUGAGGGCUGGGCUGGAGCACAGAUGGAGGUCGAUUACACCGAAAAACUGAAUUUUAGUGAUGAUGAGGAGAACCAGUCUAGCAAAGACAAGACAGAGAACUGGGAUUGGGCAAGCAAGGUGGAUCGCAUGAGGCCACGCAACACAGAGACUGCAGAAGGCAGGAAGGAGUGCUCAGAGGACCGAACUGGAAGCAAAGGCUCAUGGGUAGACAGCGGAGACCCCAGAGCUGUGUCCCCAGGCACCAGAACACAACAUGGAAAAGUGGCCCAGCAACAGGAAUACCAGGGUGGACGUGUUUCCCGUCAGGGCAAGCAGGCAACGGGCCCAUUGUCUGAGAAGGAAGAGCCUGAGGCUUGGCGGCAGCGACGCAAGAAGCAGUCUGAGCUCUCUGAGGCUGUUGAGCGGGCGAGACGGAGGCGCGAGGAGGAGGAGAGACGUAUGGAGGAGCAGCGGCUAGCUGCCUGUGCGGAGAAGCUCAAACGGCUCAACGAGAAACUCCGGCCUGCUGAAAGUCAAGCCCCCUCUGCCCACACACAGGAGGAGACUAGUGGCCCAGGACCUGACAAGCCCCCUGCGCAAUCAACGCCACCGCCUCCUCCUCCUCCUCCUCCUCCUCCUCCUCCUGCUGUCCCAGUCUUGUCGCAGGAUAGUGCUGAGCCAAGUCAAGAGGAGGAGGUGCAGUUUGCGCCUCACCAACCUGACCUUCCUGAAGGGACAACUUUUGACCAGGAGGACAGGGAGGUGCCUGCUACAAGAGAAAGUCCUGUGGAGCAAAUGCCCAGGAGAGAAAGCUUCAGUACAGAGGAGAGGAAAACUGAGGAGUCUCUGCCACCUGUAACACACAUGGACACACCUUGCAAUGAGGAUGCUCCAGCACUUGUUCCCGAGGCUGAGGGAGAGUCUGGGGCAGCCGUGCGUCCCUCCCUCACCUCAGGAUACUCUAAACAGUUUCAGAAGUCGCUGCCUCCCCGCUUCCUGAGACAGCAGGAACAGAUGAAGCAGCAACAGUGGCAACAGCAACAGCAGCAGCAGCAAGGGGGUGCAGUGUCUCCUUCCGGUGCCCCAGUCCCCUCCCCUCACCAUCGCUCAUUGUACCAGCCUUUAGGACCACACCCUCAGCACCUUGCCUCCAUGGGCUUUGACCCGCGGUGGAUAAUGAUGCAGUCCUACAUGGACCCUCGCAUGAUGUCUGGCCGGCCCCCUCUAGAUAUGCCUCCAAUUCUCCCAGGGAGAAUGCCUCCUAAGCAGAUGGUUCGUAGAGACCCCUCAGAUGGUGCUACUCCAGGGUCUGACUCCUUUGACCACACAACCAGGCCCAUGCGUGACCUUGGGCUCCCUAGUGAGCCUCGCAUGGUGUGGGGCUCAGACCCGUAUGAGCCCCUGCCCUCAGUCACACCUCCAAAAGGGCAGGAUGAUGUUAAGGAGCCCAGACUUGACUCGGGAGUGGAGCUUGAGAGAGGACUGCCUCCUGCAUACAGUCUGGAGCACGGACAGCUGGACGCUAGGAACAAGAGUGAGUUCUUCCCACCUGAACCAGUGACAGCCUUCCCCCAGGUUGACGUCACAGGCCUCUUGCUGGCUGAUAGGGGCCCCGUUGUAGACUCGUCCACUUUUGACCUCAAGGAGGAGGAGGUUGAGAGCCUUGGCCAAGCCGCCCUGAAGAGAAGCAUUUCACAAGGGUCUAACCACUCUUUGAAGCUGGAGGAGCCACAUUUUGAAGGAGUGUCUGUCUCUCCAAAAACUCUGGAGCUGACUGACACAGGCGAGCAGCUAGAUGACCGGUCUCACAAAGAAGCCUUCUCACAAGGGUCUUCGACCAGCAGUCGAACCACCCCACCAGCUGAGGCCGUCAGCAAGGCAGAAAAGGGGUCAUUACCCGCCUCUAGUAAGCCCAAGUCAGAGACUCGCUGGGGUCCCAGGUCAGGUCAAGGGCGUAGGGAGGGCCCUGCAGGAGAGCGUCCAGUACGCCGAUCAGGGCCCAUCAAGAAGCCUGUCCUCCGGGACAUGAAAGAGGAACGCGAACAGCGGAAGGAGAGGGAGGAACGGCAUGAGCGUGGGGACCGUGCCAAAAAGGACAGUGGCACCAAGGGUACCAUCAUUCCUACAGAGAGCCAGAAGCCAAUCGAUGGUGGCAGCAAGCGAGAUCCAGCAGGGGUAGGUGAGCAGGAAGAGCAGUCAGGCAGCAGUGUAGGCAAGCCUCGUGGGCCACAGCCCCCAGUGGGCACUCCUGCACCAGCCUCACGAGUGGAGAAACUUGACAAAAUUUCAACAGGAGACAAACAGCCCGAACCCAGACUACCAUCUCGCAAGGAGUCAAAUCUUCCUCCCAGGGCCUAUAGGAGAGAGGAGAGGGAGCGAGAUAGAGACAGGGACAGGGAAAGGGAAAAAGAGAGGGAGAGGGACAAAGAGAAAGAUUGGGCUGCAGAUUCAAACUAUAGGGGGCGUGGCCGUGGUGAAUAUUACUCCCGUGGACGCAGUUACCGUGGAAGCUAUGGUGGCCGAGCUAGGGGUAGCAGGGGGCGGAGUCGAGGGGAGUACCCCUACAGGGAUUCCCGUUCCCGUGCUGACCUGCCUCUGUCUGCCGCAAAUGGUGCGGGCUUCCGCUGCAGGGAGGAGAGUGAGACACGGAGCGAGAGUUCGGACUUUGAGGUGAUGCCCAAGCGCCGACGCAGACGUGGUUCGGAUACAGACUCUGAGAGUGAAGUCUGUGACUCUGCCAGUGACACUGGAGCAUCAGAUCGCGAAUCCAGUGCCAAGCCAAGCCGACCUCUCCGUAGGGAAGUGGGUGAGGCACGUAGAGGGUCUAAACAUCUUCCAGGGCAGAUCGCAGCAGUCUCUGCACUCAAACCUUCACAAAUACCUGAAAAUGGUGGCUCUAGAGAAGAUGAAGGAAGGCCCAAGCCAGGCUUUCUCCCCAAGGGAGAGCCUUCACGGCGAGGGCGAGGGGGUUUGUAUAGUCGUAGGGGUGGUGGAAGAGAGCGAGGAACACCCAGACCUGUACCUCUCAGAAGGACGGGCAUGCGGGAGUCUUCACAGUGGCCCAGCAAGCCAAUGGAGACCUUCCACCCAGAUGAGACUGAGGCCUCCAGACUAGAGAACCCAGGAUUAGACAAGCGGCCUCCUAAGUUUGAAGGCAGGAAGUUUGGUGAUCUGGCAUCAGGUGGCCGAGAGAGGCCACGGAGGCCAAGACCAACCCGCCCCCCACGGCAGGACAAGCCUCCGCGCUUCCGCAGACUGAAGGAGCGUGAGGCGGCUGUCAAGGCUGAGGAAGCAGCUGUUGUAGUGCCGGCUCCCGCCUCUGUUUCGCCAAUCAUUGCCAAGGUCCCAGGGGGAAAUCUGCCUGCAGCUGAGGGUGUCUCCCCUGAGGCAACACCAAUAUCAGUUCCUGGGGCAGAGGCUGGGACCUCCACUGUUGCUGCUGGGAGCAAGUCCCCAGACCUGUCCAACCAGAACUCCUCCGACCAGGCUAAUGAGGAAUGGGAGACUGCUUCUGAGAGCAGCGACUUCAAUGAGCGUAGGGAGCGGGAUGAGAGGAAAGGUGCCCUUGAGACAGCUGCCACCAGCCCAUCCUCCUCCGCUGCUGCCCAGGGCUCAGGGGUGCAGAGUAAAACCCCAGCUGAAGGGGGAGCAACCCCCAAACGUGAGGCUGCAGCUGCAGCAAAGAGAAGCUUCUCCAGUCAGCGGCCUAUAGAUCGCCAAAACCGCCGGGGGAACAGCGGGUCCAAAACAGGGCGGAGCUACGCAGGAGGAAAGGCUGAGCGAAGGGCAGGAUCGGGAGCGAAGGCCGCACGCCGAGGGCCGCUCGAGGAGCAGGCCACGGAACUGACUGGUCUUGAUCCAACCGGCAGUGCCACCCAGAAUGCGGAAAUGGUGCUUGGGGCAACGGGUCAGCGGCAUGCUAAGGAUGCAACAGCCCGCCGCAAAGAUGAAGCGAAGCAGGCUGCCAAGAAACCUAAGGAGAAGGCCGAUGCACUGUCCCAGUUUGAUCUCAACAAUUACGCCAGUGUAGUGAUCAUCGAUGACCACCCAGAGGUCACAACCCUGGAAGACCCCCAGUACAACACCAAUGAUGAUGGCUUCACAGAAGUGGUCUCACGUAAGCAACAGAAGCGUCUACAGGAUGAGGAAAGGAGAAAAAAGGAGGAACUGACAGUUCAGCAGAACUGGAGUAAGAAGGGCUCUGUUGAGAAGGCCAGGGGUGGAGGCUCCAAGCUUCCUCCCAGGUUUGCCAAGAAGCAACAGCAGCAGCAGCAGCAGCAACAAACAACUGCUACCUCACCACCCAGCAGUCAGACCCCUGCGCCUCCUCCUGCUACCCCUGCACAGUCCCUAGAGGGCUCCGUACCCCUGCCUGGUGCAACGGACUUUCCCAGCAAGACAUUGCCAGCUGGGCAGACUAACAGCACCUUGGGCACAGAGCUCUGGGAGAAUAAGAUGGGCAGUACGGCCGUCUUGCCUGAAAUCAAGAAAUUGGGACCCAUUAGUCCUCCUCAGCCUCCAACAGUCAGUGCCUGGAACAAGCCUCUCACAUCCUUCACCGGUACUGUCACUCCCGAGGUAGCAAAGGCUGGACCAGAAGGCAACGCAGAGCUUGGCAUGGAAACCAUUCAGUUCGGGGCACCGUCAUCAGCGGGAAGCACGGACAGUGAUGCCGUGCCGGCUCUGCUGGAGAAGAGCUCAGAAAAUAAACUGCCUGAGCCGAAAGAACAGCGGCAGAAGCAGCCACGUGCUGGGCCUAUCAAAGCCCAAAAGCUCCCAGAGCUGAAUGCCCCUGAAACUAAGGAGUACAAGCCUGGCCCCAUUGGUAAAGAGCGUUCACUGAAAAACCGCAAGGCCAAGGAUGGCCGGCAGGCUGAUAGCGAUGGGCUCGACAAGGGCAGCACAGUGGGAAGUAGGGGUGCAGACCCAAGCUCCCCCAACAAGGACAGCAAGGUUUCUGAGCUUGGAGGUGACAUGGACAGCAUGAUUGGAGUCACGUCAGGAGAGUACGGGAAUGGCUCUAAGGAAUCGGUGAUGGACUACACUACACCAUCAUCAUCGCUAGCUGAUAGUGUACCCACAGGUGGAAGCAAGAUGGAAGAGAGCCUUGUUGCCAACGUUGCACUUCCCCACACUCUUCCCAUGCCACGCAGAGAGGCCCUGCCACAAGGGUCUAGCCUCACAACAGUUCCACCGGACACUGUGGACCUCACCCUUAAGAUGGAGUCUGCACGCAAAGCUUGGGAGAACUCUCCCAGCCUAGGGGAGAAAAGCUCUCCUGUAACCUCCUCGACUUCUCCUAUCACCAGCGGUGGAGGCGCUGGUGGGGUCAAUGCAUCCUACAGCUCGUUCUCCAGCGCCUCCAUGCCUCAGAUUCCUGUGGCCUCAGUGACCCCUAGCACCUCCCUCUCUGGAUCUGGAACCUACACCACAUCAUCUCUGAGCACCAAGACCACCACCACCUCAGACCCACCUAACAUUUGCAAGGUGAAGCCUCAGCAGCUGCAAGGCGUUAGUAUGUCCGGGGGACACUUCUCCCAGCUCGGUUGUGUGCCCUCUCUUCUGCCCCAGCAGCAGCAGGCACCCCAGGUGUUUGUUUCACAAUCUGCAGCAGGUUCUGCCGCCCAGAUCCCAGCCUUCUACAUGGAUACGAGCCACCUGUUCAGCACGCCUCACCCUCGUCUCGCACCACCAUCACUGGCCCAGCAGCAAGGUUUUCAGCCGGGUCUCUCUCAGGCCCAGUCUCCAUUGUUUGAUUUUCCGUUGCAGCCGACACCAGUGCAGCAGAUCCCCAUUCCUAUCUACGCGCCACUGCAGGGCCAGCACCAGCCACAGCUGGGCCUGAACACCGGGCCCCCCGUCUCCCAGCCUCAGGACCUAUUCAGCUCCUCGCUGCAACCCUACAGGUCCCAACAGGCAUUCAUACAGAGCAGCCUGUCCCAGCCCUCUCCAAUGAUGCUCUCUGGAACGACCCUACACAGCUACCCUGGUGUUCAGCCCCCAGACCUGGGAAAGCCACAGUCCAGCCUGGCCUUUCAGCAGACGUCAAACACGCAGCACAUCCCUAUCCUGUUUGAACCUCAGCUCAACCAGCCAUCGGGCCUGGGUGCUUCGCAGCUCAUUGAUACACACCUCUUACAGGCACGGCAGGGGCUGAGCCAGCACUCGAACUUGUACUCCGGACAGCAGCCUGGCCAGAGCAGCUUUUACAGCUCCACACAGCCUCCCAGCUCUGCCCUGCAGCAGGUCACUGUACCCCUGCCAGGUUCUCAGCUUUCUGUACCCAACUUUGGUUCAUCAGGGGGUCAGCCGCUGCUUGCCUUGCCGCAGUCUCUGCCCCCAACUCCUCCACAAGCACAGCCACAGAGUCUCAGCCGGCAGCCCCCUGUGAACCAGCCCUUUCGGGGUCUGGUGAGCCAGAGCGGGCAUGGUAUGAUGCAGCCCUCCAGCAAGAUGUGUGAGAUGGAUAUGAAGCUUUUUGGCAGUGGAAUGGAAGUGAAACCAGGAACCCCCCCUGUUAGUGCCAGGAGCACCACUCCCACCUCCAGCCCAUUCCGGGCCAGCUCUACCAGUCCUAGCAGCCAAUCCAGUAAGAUGAACAGUAUGCUGUACCAGAAGCAGUUCCAGUCUGGAUCGGCUGGCAUUCGCAUCCCUCAACAUUUUCCUGCGCAGUUUACCCCACAGAUGCUGUCACAGCCCAGCCUGGUAUCCCCACUGGUUCGGCCACCCCAUGGUGGCUCGUUCCCCAGUGGGGUCCAGAGGACUCCUUUGGGACCCCCCAUGUCACCCUCUGUUGGUGCGGGCCUCAUGUCCCACCCCAGGUCUCAGCACCCUCCUCGCGGACCCUCUGGUCCCCCUCUACCAUCUCGAGGGACCCAGGCAGCACUAAAGGCAGAGCAGGAUCUAAAGGCCAAGCAGCGAGCCGAAGUGCUGCAGUCCACCCACAAGUUCUUCUCUGAACAACAGCAGCAACAGCAGCAGCUGAAGGCGUCAAUGAGCAAAGCUGGACGGGGGGAGGGAGGAGUGGGCAAGCCUGUCGAUAGUUGCACCCCUAACCACCAGGGUGGCACUACCGAUCGGUCUGAGGCCGAUAAGCCCCCCACCCUUGCGGGGCCCAAGCCCGUGCGGACCGGCCCUAUCAAGCCACAGUCCAUCAAGCCUGAGGAGGGCAAGUAGGAUUGCCUCCCUUUCCACAGCAGGCAGGAUUGGGGGGAUUCGCCCUGUCUCCCUCAGGGUUUUGGGGAAUGGGGAGAGGGGCACCUUGUCUCAAACAGGGCUAUCACACAGGGCCACCAUGCACCCCCUCCUCAUCCUCUGGCCCCCAUGAUGGCAUUGGGAUCUGCUUUCUUGUUGAGAUGAGAACCUCACUCACUGGAGCUGUGAGGCCAAAGACACAGCGUUAAAUAGCUGUGUGUCAACAGUAUACAAUGGAGAGAUAAGGAAAAAAAUUAAAGUUGCUGCUGAGUUUGCAAUUUUUUUAUAUCAAUUAUAUUUUUUCCUCCCAUAUUUUAUUUUUAGGUAGGAUCUCAUUUAUCAGGAGGGCAGAUUGUUGUUUUUGUUUUGGAGAAUCUUUUUUUUGUAGUAAAAAAUCAAAAUUAAUAUAAAAAUGGUGUUUUAGUGAGCAAAGGUCAGCAUCUGCUCUCCUGCAGCGACUAAUGUGACAUGAGUAGAAAACUAACGCUGAAAAACAUUUUGUGCACUUUUCAGAUAAGUGCUUGAAGGGAAUGAGCCUCGUCCACAUCUGCACACACUGAACGGUUAGACAACACCCGUCAAGAAUUCCUUUAUUUCCUUUUUUGCCAAGCAAGAAAUGUGAUGCAGCUGCUAUUGAUUGCAGUCUCUACUGUAAGCCUUCCUUCCAACCCCUCCUUGAGUUUCCUUUCUGGAGGCUGAGAGGUGCCGUUAGGUAUUUUUUGCAGUGAAGUUGCCUCCUCAUAGACCUUUGCAGAUGUUGAUGCGGUUCAAGGCUUACACAUUGAGCACAGCCCAGAUACCAUGAAACAAUUUUAAAAAAAAAAAAAGAAAAGAAAAAGGAAAAAAAAAAAAAAAAAAAAAGGAAACGUGUCCAUUUCUCUAACACAUACGGGGGGACAGGACACCUCACAGUUGGCAAGGAACCAGGGCUGUUUUGGCCGUUUUCAAGCUGCUGGCCUGGAUCAGGCUGCCCAGUUCUCAGAUGGUACCAGUUUGCUUUGAAUUUAGCUUGCUUCACACCCCCUCCCACAUUCAGCACCACCACUCCUCAGCUAAGCACCUGUAUCGAUCCCCCCGCUACUGUUAACCCUGCACAUGGGACAUUCCUUGCAAACUUCCCUAUGGCAUUUGCACGUACAUAUAAUUGUCCCAGAACCCCUAGGUAGUUCCCUGUUGACGACAGGCAGCUCAACCCCACACUGCUUUCAGGCACGACCUUUGACGGAGGGUGGCAGGGGAUGAGACGGGGCAGCGCAGGCUCAAUCUGUAACGUAGAAGGAGCUCUCCGGUAUAUUCACGCGCGCUUGUGUGUGGCGCUUGCUCUGAAGUGAGCCCCCAAAGCUGGUGCUGCCAUUUCAACACGUUCAGGAUGUUUUUCCUUGUUCCGAAGGGACCUUAAGUGUAGCCUCAAAACUCUGCAAGUCUCCUUGCCCCACAUUCUUUGUCACCUCUGGUCUGUGGCUGCAUGUCACGCACUACUGCCACCUGGUGGAGAUGAAAUGUUGUCCUGGAUGGUUGGGGAGGGGCAACUUUUUUUUUUUUUUUUUUUUUUUUUUUUGUUUUGUUUCUCUUGUACAGGGGUUAAAUCGCUGUAUUGAAAUAUGUAAGGUCUUAUUUACAUUCUCUUGGUUUGGUUACAGAAACUAAUAAAAAUAAU